AUGAUUCGCCCAAAUCACGCCUUACAUGAAUGUCCAUUCUGCGGUGGAUUUCCCGAAGAGGUCGAGAAAGACUCUUCCAAAUGGGAUCACGAAUCAGCUCUUGGGAAAUUGGAGAAGCACGUCAAAGAUCACCUUGUCUCUGUGGCCCUCAUUCUAGCUCCUAUGGAAAGAGAAGAGCCAGCCGGUCAGUUCGACGAGACACAAUCGGAAGCUCAAAGAGGCGAUCAAAGCGAGCGUGACUCCAAUGGAGUUGGGGAUCAGUAUGAGCUGGAGUGCAGCAACGCUCUAUGCGACUGCAAAACGCGGUCCGACCUGGAACUUGAACAGAAUAUCAGUUCUAGCCAUGACGCUAGGGAGGAUGUGCAAGCCUUUUGGGACAGCAAGCCUUUAUGGAAGCAAAUCCAGGAAAAGAAAGUACGGGAUCAUCAAAGUGAUCCUUUGCCACUGGAACUUUUGCAACAGAGUCUGUUGGAGUACAUCAACAACAGUUUGAGGGAGUCCGAGUUCCCAACUCCCAAGAAUGGAUACUUUGCACCAAGAAGCACACUGAGGGCCAUCCAUAACGCCUCUGUCACUCGCACAAUCUGGCCUGAUUCAGAGUCAUUCGAGUCUCUUGAUGACUCAGAUAGGAAAGUCGUUGAGUUCAUUAGUGGGGACGCCCCAGAAAUCUUCGCCAUUGGAAUAUACAUGGACGUUCACGACCAGAGUUUGAGAGAUAUGAUGCGGCUGUUCAUGAGGCAUGAUAUAUCCGACAGGAGCCUCCCAAUCUCCGACGCUGAAAUGGGGGCGAUAUGGCCCGGACCACGGCACAACGGCAGAAGGCGGCUGUUCAAAAACUCUCAACAUCUCUUCAGGCCCCAGUGUCUUCCCAUGCGGGACAGGUUGUCCGUUAUCCAACUUCAGCCAAAUGUUGUCCUUCCAAUUUUGAAGUCUGAGCAUACAUCCCAGGGACAGUUCGGUAUAGUCUACAAGGUCAGACUCCACGAAGAGUUUCUGGAUUUCAAUGAUCCAAUUCGCAAGGCGCACGGUGUGGCUGCUAUCAAAGAACUCCGAGAGUCCAUCGAGGACAAAAACGCAAAGCGAGCUUGGGAGAGAGAGGUCAAGACUCUACAGAAGAUUUGCCAGCUUGAUCUCCCGCAUGUGGUGGACAUUGCAGCUAUGAUCGCCAUUGGGAAGAAACAGUAUUUCGUUUUCCCCUGGGCAGAUGGCGGCAACCUCCUGAAUCUAUGGAAGUCACGAGACAGCCAUCACGACCGUUCUAUCAUCGCCCGUCGACACAUCCCUGAUAUUGUGGACCAAUUGGUCGGCCUGGCAGGUGCACUGACAAGACUCCACGCUUUCCGUCAUGGUAAUUCAGAUUCUUACCGCCAUGGCGAUCUGAAACCUGAGAAUAUCCUCAUCUUCGACAGCAAGAAUCAUAAUUCCCUGGGCGUCUGGAAGAUGGCCGACCUCGGACUCGCAAGACACCACUUUGCAGCAACUGGUGAUCGACGUCCUACCAUAUCCAACGCGGGGAGCGGUACAAUAUCAUACCAACCCCCUGAAACCAUCAAUGCCAAAUCUGCGCCGACCUCAAGACUCUACGACAUUUGGUCCAUGGGCUGUAUCAUGUUGCAACUAAUGACGUGGCUACUAUACGGCACCAGAAAAGUCGACGAACUUACGAGGGACACCAAAUCUGUCUUCGCAAAAGACCAAAGUUCCUAUUGGAUCGCGUCGUGGAACGAAACGAGAGGCUAUCACAACAUCAAUGUCCACCCCUCGGUCAAGACUCACAUGGCGCAAAUGAAGCGUGACAUCGAAGGUUCGAAAGCUCUACAAGACCUGUUGUCUAUCAUACAAGACAAGCUCCUGGUCGUCCAGCUCCCAGAAACGACCAUGAUAUCGAGGCCGGGUUGUCGAACUAACGCUGCAGAUCUCCAUCACACUCUAAAAGCAAUACAGGCUGCGUGCGAGGACCAACGCUAUUGGUUCUCUGGUGCAAAUGUUGUGAAACAGACAAGUCAUCUGCAACUGCCGCAAGGGCAAAACCUGGGUGUUGAGAGGGGAAACAAACUCAAUGACACCUGGGAGAAAGCUGCAGAUAAGACUUUUGUUUUGACGCUGCUCGGCCAUCCUGAACUACGAGAUUCCAUCGUAUCAGACGCAGUUCCCAAGGCGAAGCUGUGUAUGAAGUGUGAGAAUAUGGACUUCUUUGCGGAGAAACUCCAGAUCACAGACACAUUCCAGGAGUUGAGGAGAGAUGCUGCUCUUUGUGACUUCUGCAAAAUGCGGUGGCAUCUGGGAAAGGACUUAUUCUCUCACGAAGUUCAGAGUAUUCUGUUUGAUCUAGUUGACUCCGAUCUGCAGCUGAACCACCGACCGGUCAUCAGUUUCCUGGCCUGCCAUGAAGACUCAGAAAGAGCGCUGGCGCGACGCACGAUCUUCUUCACCGAAAAGCAGACGUAUUGGGAGUGCGGGACCGGUGUCCGUUGCGAGACCGCCAUGAACAUGAACAAGUUCCCUGAAGUCGCAAUGAGAUUCAACCGUGGAGGCAAGAUUCGGUUGUUUCAAGAUCUCUACUCGAACUACUCGCGUUUAGGGCUGUCGCAUGACGCAGACCGACCUGUCGCUAUUGCGGGUAUCGAGAAGCGCCUCAUUUCUAGCUUAGAGGUCCGAGGAGGAUUUGGCGUCCUCGACGACGGGAACCGUGGCCUUCUAUGGCGAAGUUUGCUAUGGCAGCGAGCACGGGAUGCACCAAGUGGGCUGAAAAGGAUCGAGUUUGAACUGCUCAAAGGUGUGGCCGUAGCCAUCAUUCCGCCACCCUCAUGGUCAUGGAUGACCUACAAAGGUGCCAUCGACUAUAUGGACUUACCCUUCAACGAGGUGGACUGGGAGGAAAAAGACAUAUGGUCGCGGUGGUCGCGGGGCACGGGGAAUUCGUGGAGCUACAGCGGUGACUUCUUAACUGCCAACAUCGUACUUGAUGACCCUGACAGGACGGAUGAGCUGGAGUCGUUCCUGAAGUGCGUCGUUCUCGGGAGGUUGAAAGGUCAGGAGAAGGAGUCCAGCGAUGCGAGAACUCACUACGUUCUUCUUGUAACGCCUGUGUCACCACAAGGACAAGAUUUGUCCCUGAUCUACAAUCGGGUUGGUGUGGGAUACAUGCCCGGAGGUCUCAUCGACUUCAGCGAGCAAGGAACGCCUGGGGAGCUGCGAUGA